GAGGGCAGGGAGGAGGGGGUGGAGGCCCUCAUUCCCUCCAGGGAGAGUCCCUGCUGGAGGAGGAGAGGGCCGGAGGGUGUGAGGAGCCUGGCCUGGGAUGCAGGGGCAGGUGUGAGGCGCCCCGGAUUGGCCGGUGUGUGGACCCAGCAAAGGUUCUGCGCGUGGAGCAGGGGAGAGUCAGCCGGGCAGGGGGAGCCGCCGUAGCCCAGUCCAGGAGCUCCCCAGCUGUUCAGGUAAGGAGAGACCGUGGACGUCUUAGAGGGGCGGCCCGCAGACUCCGCAGAGGAGGGUAUACCAGUAGGCCGGUUUGGUGAAGGGACAGGGGUACACACCUGGCUCGCAUGAGCAAGUGGGCGAAGAUUAACGUGUGUAGCUCUAAGUGGAUACUGAUGCCCAGUGACGGGUCAAAGCGCCUGCCUCUGUCUGAUUAUGAUGGAAAGUCUUAAGUAUCACGUUUUCUGAAAAGCUGAAAAAGAAAUCCCAUCACUUCAUUUGCACCAAAACCAUCUGGAUAAAAAGCCAGUUCAAAGAUCUUUGAUCUGUGUUGAUGUGUGUGACCCAAACAGCAGCCCUGUUUAGGUGGGUACCACCACUGUCGUCGCUUUACCCGUGAGGACGUGGUGACACCGGUCUUUGUUCGCACAGCUGGGCGGAGGCGGCACUAAGGUCUCAGUAUCUGAGGUGAGACAUUCAGAAAUCGUGGGCGCGGAAGGGCAGGGCAGGGGUUACAGGAGUCGUUCAGUCGGUGGUGCCCCGUGUGGUGGCCUGCCGUCCUCAGCCCCCUCUUCCCUCUUACUGCCGGGUUGCUUUGAUGGUGCAAGCACUUAGGAUCUCUGCAUAGGUGAGUCCUCGGUCCUCAGUCAGUGCACUUGCCCAUGAUCUUGGUAACCCAGUAUGGCAAAUGCUGGUGUCUUAGCAAUGUUCGCCUCCCUUGUAUUUGCCUUUGGGUGUGGGGAUGCUGGUGUCACUAACGGUCUGUACCUUGAAUUUGGUGCAGGGGCAUGAAGUGUGGAACGGUGUCCAGGUAUAGGAACAAGCUUGUGCAAAAACAUCCCUGGAGGCGGAACUGCGAGUGUUCAGGGAGCCUCAGGCUUUCUCUGGCUGCACAGUGAAGAAGAUUGGGGUGAGGAAAGAAGACUGUUGAUGGCUGGACUAGAUUGGUGGUUCUGGAGAUUUUUUGUGGUUGCUGAACAUAGCAGGGGAAAGAAAUCUGAGUGCCUGACUGAGAGGUCAUGACUCUAGCCAUGGCUGGAGGGACGUGGACAGGCCCUGGUUAUUGGUGCGUGGCGAAAGAUGAAGAGGCACCUUCUGAGCAGACCAUUUCUUUAGGAGUCUCCCAUGAUAGCAUUUCCAAGGCAGGUUCAUCAACCCAGAUGGCUCACCCUUGUGACAUUUGUGGCCCCAUCGUGAAAGACCUCUUACACCUGGAUGAACACCAGGAAAUAUGCCAAGGACUGAAACCUUACACCUGCGGGGCAUGUGGGAGACAGUUCUUGUUCAGUGCAAACUUUCAUCAGCAUCAGAAGCAGUACAGUGUAGAGAAACCUGUCAGAAGAGACAGAGGCAAGACCUCAUCUGGGAAGAACUGUAGGGUUUGUGAAGAACCUCACCUGUCGGGAAAGCCCUUUCUGUGUGAGGAGCAGUGGAGCCUCCAGGCCAGUCUGGGCAGUCACCAGCGACAGGCCACCCACAGCAAGAAGAAGAGGAGGACUGGGAGCAGGGAGGCCUCUCACGGCGGACAGAUGCAGUACAGCUGCAGCGAAUGCGGGAAGGCCUUCAACCGCAAAGACACGCUUGUCCAGCACCACAGAAUCCACACCGGAGAAAGGCCCUACGAGUGCAGCGAAUGCGGGAAGGCCUUCAGCCGCAAAGCCACACUUAUCCAGCACCAGAGAAUCCACACCGGAGAAAGGCCUUACGAAUGCAAAGAAUGUGGGAAAGCCUUUAGCCGCAAAGACAAUCUUACUCAGCACAAAAGAAUUCACACCGGAGAAAUGCCUUACAAGUGUAGCGAGUGUGGAAAAUACUUUAGCCAUCACUCCAACCUCAUCGUACACCAGAGAGUUCACAAUGGAGCGAGGCCUUAUAAGUGUAACAACUGUGGGAAAGUCUUCAGACACAAAUCCACACUUGUUCAGCAUGAGAGCAUCCAUACUGGAGAAAAUCCUUACGUUUGCAGUGAUUGUGGGAAAUCCUUUGGCCACAAGUACACCCUCAUUAAACACCAGAGAAUUCACACUGAGGCAAGGCCUUUUGAGUGCAUCGACUGUGGGAAAUUCUUUAGUAGAAGCUCUGACUUUAUUGCACACCAGAGAGUUCACACAGGGGAAAGGCCAUUUGUGUGCAGCAAAUGUGGGAAAGAUUUCAUCAGAACAUCCCACCUUGUUAGGCACCAAAAAGUUCACACUGGAGAAAGGCCAUACGAGUGCAACGAAUGUGGGAAAGCCUAUAGUUUAAGCUCCCACCUCAUUCGGCACCAGAAGGUUCACACUGCAGGACGGCUUUAGGAGUGCUUUCAACACAACAGGACUUGUAUGGAGAGGGGCUUUGUGAUUGCCCUUGGAGAGGAAGACACCAGUCAGAUGUUGAACCUCAUGUAUCUGAACAUUAUUAGCACUGGGGAGGGACCUUAAGGAUGCCAGGUACAGGGACACUUUCAUGGGUUGCGUUGCACUUGCAGACCUGCUCAGGUUCCUUGCCAAAUUUGCCACCCAAUGUCUGUGGCAGAAACCAUCUCAGUUCUACCAGCUUCGUUUCUGUAUGUCCUCAGGGACACCUCCAGUCUCUGGAGGAAAUUAUGAGAAUCCUGAAUUGAAUGGGGUUCCUCAUUCCCUCCCCACUGACUGGUAAAGGUGUGGACCUCACCCAUCUCUAGCCAAGAGGACCUGAGCUGUGUUCUGGAGGCUUACAGAAGAGCUUUACUUUCUUCAUGGACAUUGUUGGCCUCGUGUGGUACAUGUGACACAUUUUUCUCCGAGUCACCCCACCUGGAGAACCACUUGUCUUCUGUUGCUCUGGUCUCUGUGAUAAUAAAGACAUUAUUUAAACCAU